CAACAAAUCUAUUCAGUUGGAACGUAAGAAAAUGGCAAUCCUCUCGUUCCUAGGAGUUUUGGCAACAUUGGCUUUGAGCUUAGUUUGCAACCAUGUGAGCUUCGUCCUUGGGGAUCUUGGCACCGCAACAGCUUAUGCUCCACCAUAUACUCCCACAAGGUGCAACGGGAACAGGCAAGAUCAGUUUCCAGCUGGGAAUUUAUUUGUAGCAGUGGGUGAAGGGCUUUGGGACAACGGGGCAGCUUGUGGAAGACGUUACAGAUUGAGAUGUUUGAGUGGGAACAAUAAGCCAUGCAAAGACAUUGACACCACAAUUGAUGUUAGGGUUGUAGAUUUCUGCCACAAAUCCCCUUGUCCUUCCACCAUGCUCAUGUCCGUCGAUGCCUUUUCAGCCAUUUCACACUCCCCUCGUUCCAAGAUCAACAUCGAAUACGUCCAGAUUUGAUGGAGAAAUCAUAAAAUGCCUUGCGAGCUGGAGUCAAUCGUCUUUGAAGUUUUGUUCCACAUCCUAUUACUAGAAUACUAUGGGGUAGUUAGCACUUAGCAGCUUCUGGCAGUGUAGUCCAAAUUUGAGGAAGAGGGAAAAAAAGAAAAUGUACAAACAAAGAAGUUAAUUUGAGAAUCUGAAUAGAGAAAGAAUUACACCUUUUUCUUUUUUUUUUUGGAUAAAUGUUACUAUAAUUUUAAAAUUUAAUCAAAAUCUCUCAUUA